AUGCAACGCAAGGGGAAGGGCAGUAAUGAGAAGUCUGAUUUUUUUGUCAAGUAUACGCAGUUUUGGGGCAAAAGUGGUGGUCAUGAAAGCCAGCAACAAGACCUGAGUACAAGCGAAGCCAUUUCACGUUUGGGUAAAAGGCAAUUUGACACUAUGAGCGAGUUGAACGACAUCAUGUGCUCGAUCGUUAUUGACAAAGCAAAGAAGAUGAAGAUGGCCAUGGAUGAAGCAGCAGAGCUGGUCUCAACAUUACCGAAGCCAAAAUUCAUCAGCAUCAUGGUUGGUGAUAUCCUUGAUUGGGAUAAGACGACCAAGAAAAUCCUCAAGGAGACUUCAUCCUACAAAGGAAUCGAGAAGCGUCUUGCAUUAGAAUCUACUACGAGAUCAAGCGUAUUCAUCAAGUACAUCAAGCAGAUUGUGGAUUGUUCACCAACGCAGCAUAACCUUCAAGUCGCCAUCCGUACUUCGCCUGUGUCACCAUCAGAUUAUGAUUGCGAUGCACAUGCCGACUUUCGUAUCGCCAAGAAACUCAUGCAUCACUUCCUUGACCUCAUCCAAGCACCUGUCAAAAUCCUUCAUGAACGCUCCCUUGAACGCACAGCAGCUUGUUCCACCACUAUUUUCCUUAUCAACACGUUCUUUGUAUCCUGUAAUGACACGCUCAAGCUUAAGUGGAUUGAGGUUAGCGCUGUGUCCUCCGGCUCUGUCAAAUGGGAUGGCCUUGGUUUGGCCGUUGGUGAUGCUUGCCCGGAUGCUUUACCCAUGGUUGCAGAAUUUGCUGGCAGUAUCCACACACAUACAAAGUUGAAAAAGAACAGCGACCAUGCCAAGCUUUUACUCCAGGCCAAAGACAUAGUUGAUGCGAAUUCAAAGUAUUCAAGCGUUCACUGCCGGAAGGUGUUUUGUAUUUUGUAUCAUAAGAUGAGCAUCAGGUUGGAUAUCUUGGUCAAUGCAGAGGACAAAUACAUCCGCAAGAACAUCAUGGAGUUUAAGCUGCCGACCACAGAAGUCGAACUUAAAGAAUUUGCUGCCAAACUGGAAUUACUUUUGCAAUGGCGUGACUCAAUCAUAUCCAACGUAGAAUCUUUGCAGACCUAG